AUGGCUUCACCGCCUGCUUCGACCAUCGCCGGACCGGUCUCGGGCUCCAGGAUAGGACGCCCGCCACAGUGGACGGUGUCCCGAUCACGGAAGUUGGCUCGACUCUACCUAUACUCCACCCUGUCCCUUGAGAAAAUUAUCAAGGUGCUUGAGGACGACGGCUUCAGCCCGAGGAAAAAUUCGGCACAGAAAACCAUCCACAAGAUUCUCGACAAUGACCCCCGUUACCUCCGCCCGGAAUCACGCGUUGAAAUGAGCAAACGGAUAAACAGCCUCGCCAUGUCCCCGAGGCGCCAGAGAAGGAAAUCGGCAAGGAGCAGGCGCACCACCACGGUGCUCGACUUUGGACAGGUAAACCUCAAUUCCGGUUGUCGAGAGAGCAGCUCUCGAAGGUCAGAACAGACCCUACAGUCUGGGCAAAGUGUCAAGACAGAAGAUACCGCAUCAUUUCAUCUCACUACCCCUCCCGUUACCUUCAAUACGGCAUGCUUGACGUUUCCAACCCCGCGCCCGGAUCCAACCGAAGAGUCGGGAGCAGAAAGCUACAUGGCUGGAAUUCAGGACAUCAAACGACGUGUAUCCAACUGUUCUACCCAAUUUGCCAUGCAACUGUCGUCGCUCGUCAGGGAAUUCACCAUCUCGGUGUGCUCUGAUGAUCGGUCUUCAGGGCGCCGCCCCUCGGCAGCGCUGAGCGAGGGGUCCGGACCAGCCGAACUCCCGAACGAUAAUGUCGCGACCGAGCCAUACGAACCAUUUCCGGACCCCGGGUUCGCGCUUCCGGGCGACUUUCUCACCGCCCACACUCGGAGCUGUGCCGACUUUCCAGGGCAGCCGCACGGAGGAGGGAACUGUUGGUGUUCCAUCGCUAAACAUACCGCUGCUGCUCCGAACUCGUGGCUGCUCCCCACCGGAGAGCUCAGCGACAGGGCACGACAUGUCCUGAGUCAGCCGUCGCCGGGGGGGCUUAGUCUAAGAGACAGCUUUGGAAACACGCCGUUGCACCUAUUCGCCGCGCUGGAUGGUUACCAAGACAGGCUGCUUGAGAUGGUGCUGAGCGCCAGAAGCAGCGGAGAGUUGGCAGCAGUCAACACCGCCGUUCAGACCUUUCUUCAUGUUCUGAACCUUGAGUGGUUUUCCGACCUCUCGAACCCUUCCGCCCCUCUGAGGCAGCUUCUAGCGCAUGUCGUGGAACACUGCCCAGGCUUGGUUCACGAGACCGACGUCUACGGGAGGACCUUCUUCCACCGGGCGCACUCCCUCCUCAGGGACCAGGCACUCCUCGCCGGCCUCGUGUCUGCCUUUGACCCGACGCUUGUCACUCGCCGUGAUGCAUUCGGCUUCAGCCCAGUCCCAGACCCCGCCGCGGCCAGUCCAAGCCCGUACAUCCCGCCCCGUCGGAUGGGCAGUCCCUCCCCGCAGGUCGAAGAUAAUAUUGCUCGUGCAAGCCCAUCCAGCCGGCCCAAGUCCGCCACCUCGGAGGGAUCGCUCCUCGCUUACCAUGCGCGCCUCGUACAAGUCAUCCAGUCUUCCUACACCAACCCCAGCAUCGAAGAUGCCGAUGGCCGAAAUGGUCUGCACUGUCUCGCCGAAGCAAUUCUCGACCAGCAAGCUAUGGACCGCCACGUCCGCUCGUCAUCCUCCUCUUCGUCGGGCAGUCGGCCAAACCUCAAGCGCAAAAAACACGAGUCCAGAGAGCCAUCCGGUUCAGCAGCAGCAGUAACAACAACAACAACAACCGUUACGGCAGCAACAGCGGGAACCACCACUUCCACCAUCACCACCACCGUCGCCGCCGUCGCCGCCGCCAAUACGACGACGGCAACAGCGACAAAAAUGACGAAAACAGCAUCCUCUUCCCCGCCAGCCUCCGCAGGUGGGCAGCUUUCCUCUUCUCCGAUCGGCGGCGGCGGGCCGGUCGAGGGGACUCUCCCGACUCGGCUCCGCCACCUGCACUCGCUGCUGCACCCGUCCGUCUCGGUGUCGGUGUCGCACUACGACCGGCGCGGGUACACGCCGCUGAUGGCCUUCAUCGAGCACGUGUCGGACGACCAGGACGACAAGGCGCGCACGCUGCAGGCGAUCCUGGAGGCGCUGGUGCGCGCGGGCGCGCGGCUCGAGGCGCGCAACCGCCGCGGCGAGACCCCCCUGCUCCUGGCCGCCCGCCUCGGCCGCAAGGUCGCCCUCGCGACCCUGCUCGAGGGCGGCGCCAACGCGCACGCCCGCGACGCCGACGGGAGGGGCCUGCUCGAGCUCCUCGACGCCGAGGUCUGCGGCCCCCGCGCCCGCGCCCACGUCGGCCUGUACGCCCGCCUCGAGGCCUGCCGCGUCCUGCUCACCGGCCGGAGGGGGUGGGGGGUCGGGUAUGUGCACGUAGGGGAGCCGGCUGUUGUGAGGGAGUGGAGGAUGAGAGGGGUUUAA